AGGCUUUUGCAAUUUACGCAUUUAGGUUUACGCGAAUUCCCGUACUCCUCCAUCUCAGAUUCGCAGAGACGCCAAUCUUGUUCGCUGGGCUCUUCAAGAUCUCCAAUCUUCUUCGCCGCGCUCCAGGAUCCAACUCGCCAGUUCGCUGUGCUCCAACAUCCGACUUGCCACUUCGCCAGUUCGCCACAAUCCGAAGUGAAUCAGACUGAAAUCACCGACUCGCAGUCCAACUCUCCAGUCUCCAGUGUCCAGUUCGCCACAAUCCCUGGCUGGCAACAAUUUUGAAUCAGACUCCUCAAUCGCCAGUUUCUUCUUCAAUCGCAGAAGCUUCAAAGAUGAAGCAGCCAAGAAAGAAAUUUGAGCAUUCCAAAACUACUGCAGAAGACCCAAAUGAAAGAAUAGACUUCAAGUCUAUAUUGAAAGACAUUCAAUUCAUAGGUUCGCCACAUAUGACUUGGAAGGAAAAGAAGGCAUUGGAAAACAAAAAAGUUGUUGCUCUUGGGGGGAAGAGUCCGAAGAAGCAUAGACAACCACUUAGUGUGGCUCGAGUGAUGAUGAAGAAACAAAAGGAGAGAGAGAAGAAAGAGUUGGAAGAGAGUCUAAUACUGAGGCGAUUCGGGAUAAACACCGGCUCUAGCACUGGAAGAGACAAUCAAAGACGUAAACCAGAGGACCGGGUACUGAAAUCAAGCGUAGGUGACUUCAGGAAUGGUGUCCUCAAUGUAAGAAAUCUGUUACAACCAUCUACAUCCACCGCGCCGGUCCCCCAUGAAAAAAAGUUUGCCCCUUACAAAGGAGGGAAGAAGAGACAUGGUGGCAACAAGAAGAAGGGCAAGAAGGGAAAGCGCCACUAGAAUCAGUGUCAUUUGUUAGUCUUGUGAGAUAUCAUUCCUUAUGUGAGUUUUUGUGCUCUAAAAGACUAAAACUAUGUGGGAGUGGGGCAAAAGAAGACCAUAGUUUUGUAUGGAAAUGCUAGUAGAGGGAGUUUUACAUUGAAAAGUUACGCAUGAGUUUUUGAAACAUUAAUUUGAUAGUAUAUAACUAAAGAAAAAUAUUAUGCCAAAGAAAUGUAAACUCAGUAC